AUGGCAGCAAACUCGAAACCUAUUGUGCUCCACAUCGGAGACCCAGUCAAGUACAACCAUGAGUUAUACAAAAUGUUUCAAGAACAGUUCACCGUGCUCCGCCCCUCAGCAGAGGAGCGUCAGCGUGGCCCGUUCCUAGAAGCGCUUCGUCAGGGCAAAUGGGGAGAAUUCCAUGCCGUCAUGCGUCCUUUUUGGGUCACCGGGGGCGAGAUGGGUCGCUGGGACCGGGAGUUGAUUCCCCUGUUGCCCAAGUCAGUCAAAGUGUACGCAUCCGCAGGCGCAGGCUAUGACUGGGCGGAUGUCGAUGUAAUGGCCGAAGCCGGGAUCAUCUACUGCAACGGCGCCGCUGCUUCAUCGGAAGCCGUCGCCGACAUGGCCCUUUACCAUAUCAUCUCCGUAUUCCGCAAUAUGCAGUGGUCGAACAUGGCCGCCCGCGGCAGUGCAGACGAGUUCCGCGACGCCCACGCUCAUACGCAACUUACGGCACACAACCCGCGUGGCCACAUCUUGGGACUCAUCGGCUUAGGCAACAUUGGGUAUCAAAUCGCUGUCAAGGCUUACAAGGCGCUCGGCGUUCGGAUAGUGUAUCACGACCCUUUUCCCAAGAGCGAGGAGCAAGAGGCUGCGAUCGAGGCCACCUGCUACCCCGAUCUCGAUGAAAUGCUAGGCAUCGCGGAUUGCAUUGUUUUAGCCGCUCCUGGUGCCGGUGGCAAGAAAAUCCUGACCCGCGAAAAGAUUGCAAAGAUGAAGAAAGGAUCGCGACUAGUCAACAUCGCCCGUGGAAGUCUUUUGGAUGAGGAAGCCGUUGCCGAUGCCAUAGACUCGGGACAUUUGUUCGCCGUUGGCCUGGACGUCUUUGAGGACGAGCCAAGACCCAACCCCAGGCUACAAAAGAUGCGGAAUGCAACUCUGACGUGCCAUACUGCGGGAGGAGCUUUAGAAACGUCAAUCGGAUUCGAACGUCUGGCGAUGGAAAAUGUCAUCGCGGUACUCAACGGUCAGCCGCCUUUGACGCCUGUCAACAAGCACUUGUUUAAAUAA